UUUAUGUGACGACAAGCACAGGAAGGCAACUGCGUGUCAAGCCUACGUACGUCGUGGUACCUGCAAAACUUGCCCAACGCGACUUCUAUUUUGGCCAUUGUCUGCGCCCUCUGCAAACAGUCAUGACCACGUCUUGCCGAACCCUUCCUUCUCUUUGUCUGCCUAUCGAGCCUCUCUCCAUGUUAUUGUCACAACAGAGUGGCUGCCACGAUCCUUCUGUUUGUUCGCAGCCGCCGCAAACAGAAACGGGAUACGCACGGAUACUUCCACGACGUCACCGUGAUAUGUAUCUCAAGCAAAAACGAAAGGCGACGACAUAUGCGCAAAUCUUUCAUGUCGUGUCUGUUGUCGAACGCUGGUCGCGACACCCGGCCAGAAACCACCUACUCCUUGCUUCCCUCUGCAUCAUCAGUCCUCACAUGCCACUCAACUUGCCUCUUCAUCAUAGCGCUAUCCGUUUAGUCUUCCAAUCUGCAGUCGCCUGGAUGUCGCCUGCUUCUUCUCAAGACCUGCGGUUCCAGUGCUCAAAUACUCACGCCACGAGUGUUUUCGAGUCUUUACACUACCACUGAACUCCGAUAUACGUCUCUUCCUCACUUUGGACUCACUGUACAUGACAAAGCUCUAUAACUGCUUCUUAGAAAGUACAAAUCCGUUGCUCCACAACAUUAUUCGAACUUACCCCGGGGAUCCAGAGUGAUCUGAGCCAUAACAGUG